AUGAUUAUCCUUCCUGAAGAUCGUAUUAUUGGUGGACCAAAUGCAACAGAACAUGUUGAUGAUAGUAUACCUUAUGUUGCAAAAACACCAAUUUUUACUCAUCACGAUGAUAAUGAUAAAA